AUGACGAUCAAAAAGCAGAAGCGAACGGUCGAUACAGACAACAUCCAGGGCAGCAUUUGGCCCCGCCUCCCCAAGAAUAAUGAAUCCUACCUCUUCUUCAAGAUUACCAACAAGGAAAGGUUCAGACAACACCUCCGAGGCGUGCUGGACCGAGGGCUAAUCACCACCGGUACGGAAUGCGAAAAAUACCUGAGGGACAUUGGCGAGUUUGAAGAAGCAUGUGCGUAUUCUCGCCGUGCGGUGCCCGAAAACGAACGGCUACCCUUCACGGCGAUCAAUAUUGCGUUCACUCAUAUGGGAUUGCUCAAGGUGGAACAUCCAGACGUCGAGGUGAAUUAUGCCAUGGCCCUCGAGGAUGAUCCCGAUGAGUAUUGCCGGGAUCGGCUCAACGAGGGCCUGUUUGAGAAGGGCAUGUUCGAUGACCUGGUCUACGAGUUUGCCGAUAACCCAGAGACUAUGGAUCCUCACUUCAGGGCCCCUCCCGGGAAUGAAACCAAGACCGGUCUCGACCGUUGGAAGUGGAGGGUGGAUGGUGUCUUCAUUGUCGCGGCUCAGAGUGCGACAGCCCUGCGUCGCAAAAUUGCAGAUCUGGAAGGGGCUUUUCAUGUUGGUGAGCCGGAUGAGGUCAGUAUGGAGGUCGCUUUCCGCAAGAACGGUAAUGUUCGCCCUGGUGCGAACCGUGGCAAAGAGCACUUCGGGUACGAAGAUCACAUCUCUCAGCCAAAGAUUCAAGGCUUGGAUGAACCCCCGGCCGAGGGGGAACCUCAGGCCUGUCCUCCUGGCUACAUCUUUCUCGGGCAUCAGGGCGAUCCCGACCGGAGAAGAAACCCCAAAUGGGCCAAGGAGGGGAGUUAUCUGGUGUUCCGGCAGCUCGACCAAAAGGUGCCUGAAUUUGAGACUUUCCUCGAGCAGAAGGCCAAGGAGAUUCCAGGUGACAACUACGCCGGAGAGAAUGGCCCAGAGAAGCUCGGUGCCCAUAUGAUGGGACGAUGGAAGAGCGGAGCGCCCGUCGCCAAAGCCGUCGACCAGGACGACCCCAAAUUGGCGUUUGACAACAAAUUCGACUUCCGACCCAAGAAGAGCAUUAAAGGGUGUCCGUUUGCGGCGCACGCCCGCAAGAUGCGGCCGAGAGCCGAUAAGAAGAAAGACCAUGGAACCGAAGACGAUGGUGACGAUCCCCGAUAUGCCACGCUUCCAAAGCCAGGCGCCAACGAGGCGUUUGAUAUUGGACAGAUGGAGGACGCCAGUGUCAUCCUUCGUCGGGGUAUCACCUUUGGUCCUGAACUGACGGAAGAAGAAAAGCGCCAGAAGAAGACCCUCGAGCACCGGGGUAUCUACUUUACGUGCUACCAGAGUCUCAUUCGGGAUGGGUUCAACUUCCUCAUCACGCGCUGGGGCAGCAACGCCGGCUUCCCGGAGCACAAAGACAAGACCCAUGCGGACGGUCCUGGUAUGGACCCGAUCAUUCGCCAGAGACUCCGUGAGGAUCAUCCCGAGGAUCACAUCAGUUUGUAUGAUGGAAAGGAUGCGUCCAGGACGGUGAAGGUGGACCUUGGGGUUCCCUGGGUUGAUCCAAGAGGUGGCGAAUACUUCUUCACCCCUUCUCUCCGGGCUUUGAGGGAACACUUCUCAGCCGACAUUGUUAACGCACAAGGUCAAGCCGAGCGUCCCGUGCAAGACCAGCUCCCCGAAGACCCGGUGGUGAGGGAUCUACGUGAGAAGGUCGAGGAGUUGGAGCAGAAGAACCGGGCGCUUCAGAACAUCGUCCGGGACCGCGUCGACGAUAUCGGCACCUUGCACGACCAGUUGAAGGAGCAACAAGAAUUGCAUCGGCAGGAUCUGGAGAAGAUCAAGAAAGGUACUCUCGUGGGCUAUGCCGGGUUGAUCCGGUUGGACUUUUUAAACCAGUUGGCGGACGACGAUCUACGGGAGUUGAAACACCAGAUCAUCCGGGCUCUGGGCCAGUUGGCAGGAGAUGUCGACUGGAAGCAGUGGCAAAGUAUCAUUGGCGAUCUCAACAACCGAUACGGAUUCCAGUUAAACUACGGUCAUGGGGGGCAUUUCGAGGGAGAACAUUGGCGAAAGUGGAAAGAGAUCCAGUAUUCGACCAGCGCGUCCGACUACGAUCGCACCGUGGCCUUCCGCAACCGAAUGGGCCAGUGGUGCAGCAAUAGCAAGUGGAAUGCCGCCGGUGGAGAUGCUGGUGGAUGUGCCUUGAUGUGGCUCACUUUUGUCAUCCAGCUGCACGAUGUGUUGCGGGUGUACCGGCCAGAGAUCUUCUAG